ACCAGCGGCAUGCACAAGCUCAUGUUCAGCAUGGGAAGAGUACGCGCUCUCAUCCAACUUUUCUUGGCAUGCAUCCUGCUCGCAGCUACUCAAUGCCAUCAUUCUACCAUUACUGUUCAAGCUAUUGAAUCAGUUCACUUCAGAAUCAAACCUGCACAACCCAACUCAAGGUCUGGCACCAGAUUUGGACCACCUGCUAGGGUCAAUGGAGAGAAGUUUCAUAAAAGACCAUCAGGACCUAACCCAGUCGGGAAUCGUCGUCCGCCAUCCAGACAAUGAACUGAUGAAUGCACUUGAGAGACUGGAUAGUGUAGGACUAAGGAUCAGUGUUUUCCUUCGAUAGUUCAAGUACAUCAAAUGUAUUUAUUUAGGCUGGAAACUUCUUAUUCUGGUACUGUGCUUGUACAAAUGGAAUUCAUCUGAUGAUUUCAUCUCUAAAA